AGGCUCCCUUUCAGGUUUGAGGGUUUGGGUUCAAGAUGGCCAGGGGAAGAAGUGGAGUGGCAAAAGACAAGGACAAGGACAAGGAUCGUGAGCCAGAUCCUAAGUAUGCACUUUGGAUAAUUGCGGCGAUAGGCAAGGUCAAAGGGCAAAAGCAACGUCCUAGUGAGGAUCGUAUUUCUCACAUUCUAGAGACUGUUUAUGGAUUGGACCAGCAGGUGGCACUGGAACAACUUGAGCUCUGCGUCAAAGCAGGGAAAGUCCUGAAAGUAGUUUUCAAGGACAAAGCCUCCUACAAGGACCCUGCUAAGGUUCCGAAGCAUAUGCGGGGAACUGUGGAAAAGCCUAAAGAUUUCAUGAAAUUUAUCAGGGAAGCUCUAGAGAAUGUUGGGGAUGAGAAUGGAUGCACACAACAACAAAUUGCUAAUUAUAUAACUGAUCGACAUGCAGAGAGUUUGGAUUCGAGUAGUGAUACUCAAACACGACUCAAAGAAGCCCUCAAGAAAGGACUUGCUUCUUCAACGUUUAUCAAGGAGGGUCGAUAUUACAGGCUUGCUUCACUGCCAAAGGUAUGUGCAAUGAUUAAGAUAUAUCAUGGUCUUUGUAGUUUCACGCAUUUAUUCGUAAUAUAUACCAAAGAAAAAGUUCACUAAAAAAUUCAAAUUUCUUUUUGUAAAAUCCUAAGACAUAAAUACUUAUGUAUUUUUGUACUAUUAUGUGCAAAAGAUUUGCCUGUGAGGUUUCAUUUAAUUUAAAUGGUGACAACAUUGGAUUUCGCUCUUCCCUUUUUUGCCGAAUACCAGGUGUGGGGUUUUGUUAACCCUUGACUAAGACAUAUUAGGAGUGGUAAGCAAGUUUCAAAGCAUUAUGUUGAAAGGCAAAAAUCUGCAUUUUGAUGGGCCACUGUGUUUGUUACUUUCUAGAGGGAAAAGACACAUCUAGAGCUAGUCCAUACUUCUGAUAAGUUUUUCAAUACUCUCCAUGAUACACAAGUUGCUGUUCACCAAAGUGAGCUGAUAUGCAUAUGAAUACAUUGAGUUAUAACAUUGUUACAUCCAAUUGCACCAUAAUAAUUAGACAAGAUAAACAAUAUGGAAAACGUCAAGGUUCAUGCAUUUCAAGAUAAUUAGGGCCUGAAUGUGCACAAUGUUUCAGCCUAUAAAGAAGAAGAAAGUUGAUGCAAGCACCUUCUGUGGGUUUUGUCUGGGAACAGCUGACUGUAAUAAGGAUGGUGAAGAGGAAGAGCUUAUUUCUUGUGCUGAUUGUGGAAACAGUGGUGGGUCUGACUAUUAUGUUUUGAAAAGACCUUUAUUUGAUAAAACUAAAAAGACAAUCACAAUAAUGCAGGAUGACACCUAAGAAACAAAAUCAGUUGUAAAGAUUUGUUAGGUGUUACUCUAGUUUACAAACAUUGAGCUGUUGGAGUAGCAAUCCCAAAAUUUGCCUGAGAAAACGGCUGACAUUUCGUGAGGCUACCACUGGUUUCUCCGCAAAGUGACGCCUGAGCAACGAGUGCAGAAAUUCCGUACUGAUGACGCAGUUUAAAUCAAUCAGAAGUGCUAACCAGAUCUUGGUAGUGAUUUGUCAUCAGUAUGGAAUUCCUGCUCUACAACUGUAGUGGGCUGUUUUCUCAGGCCAACCCUAAAUUUCAGUAAGGUAGAUAAAGAUGGUCACAAGCCAAAUAUAAGGUUCAUAUGGCCAGAGAUUAACCCUGCGUUUCUGUGGCAUGAAGUACCUAUCGUAGGAGAAUGGCUACACCCCUUUGAUGGGAAUGCUAGUCCAUUAUCUUUCAUCAAUCCCAGCAGCAUGUUCCAGCACUAUUUACAUACAUGUACAUGUUACAGGUCAAAAUUUAAUUCAGGUUAAGUUUUUUAAACCUAGGUUGAUUCUCAAUUUCCUUUGUCUCUUAGCCCUAAUUAUUCAUGAAUUAGGGCUAGAAGACAAAGAAAAUUGAGAAUCAACCUAGGUAAAAAAAUUUUAACCUGAAUAUAAGUUUGAACUGUAACAUAUACAUGUGGCCCAGGUUCCAUGAAAGUUAACAUUAACCCAGAAUUAACCUGCAUUAUAAAAUUUUAUGUUAUGUUAUUGAUAUUGUUAUUAUUUAUUAAUUAAGCCAAAUUUUACACCAAAUUUUCCAAAAUUAAGAUAAAAAACCUUCCGUGGUACCUUUUUUAUGGCCUAAAAAACUGAACUUACAUGUACAUUGCUUAAGUUGUACAUGUAAGUGCUGACUGUCUAGUGCAAACUGCUACAUGUGUGAAUAGUCAUUGUUAGUUUUCUCAAAAAAUAAAUCUUUUUCUCGCAAUCUUUUGGAGUGAUGAAUUUUCAAAAAUGCUGGUUCAUGAAACUUGAGACUUGAGACUGGAUUCCCUAAUUUCAAAGCUCAACUUGUUCAAGUUUUGAGAUGGGAGAGUUUGAGUUUUAAGGAUGAACUUGAGACUGUGAUCUUACUGUAUGGUACUGUAUUCUUGAUGUUUUACUAGAGUUUAAGUUAUAACAUACGGUAGUAUUUUACUGUCACUUGCAGUGUGUAAUCUGACUUGUUAAACACUUUUUUAAAAAUAUUUCCAAGGUCACCCCUCAUGCCUGAAGUACUCUCCUCAGCUAACAGCUCGUAUAAAGCAAGAACCCUGGCAGUGCAUUGAGUGUAAAGUGUGCUCUGUCUGUCGUGAUGCUGGAAAUGCCGUAAGUAUUAUGCUCGUGAAAGUAUGUGGUGCUAAAUUACAAUUUUCAACAAUAGACUUCAUCAGGGGUACCCAAAUAUGACUCACAAACCUCUUUCCAGAUAUGUCAGCAGCGUCUUAAAUGGUUUUGUUCCUUUGAACAGUUACAUGUAUUUUACAGUAAAAAGUCAUUGGGUGCCCCUGACUUCUUGUGAUGUGUUCUUUUUCAGGAUAACCUUUUGUUUUGUGAUGCAUGCGACAAAGGAUUUCACAUGGAAUGUCUGUCACCUCCUAUGACUGAAACACCUACAGGUAUGUUCUUGGUACAAUUAGCUAUUUUCAAGUGCUUUCUCGAAGGAGGGUUCCCCUCAACAGUGUUCUCAGUGUUCUCUUUUGCUGAUCAAAGGCCUUCAGUGAAUCAGUUUUCUAAAAUAAAACUGCUUCUUGUAUCAUCUUUAAGGCGAGUGUUGCUAGAAUUUAAGGAACCUACUUAUUAGUUUUGGGGGUUUAUUAAUUUUGGUGAAUGUUCUGCAGGUAGCUGGGUUUGUUCAGGGUGUAAAGUCAAAACACCUGGAAGGAAAAAGAAAGGACAAGUUGAAACACCUAUAACAAGCCCACCACGCAGAAAAAUUCAGCCGCAGGCAGCAGCUGAAGUUCAAGGGUGAGUGGAUCAGUAGUGAAACCAUCAUUAUGCGUAGCAUUCAAGGAAGUCCUCUUUAGUGAUUAUCUGGAGUGUUUGCUGGGGAUGUUAUUUUUUCUUUGUUACAUGUAGCUUAUAGUUAAGCUUAGUGAUAAUGUUUGUCCAAGUUUUUUUUUACAAUUAAUGCAACAGAGGAUACUCCUAUAAAUAGUCACCAUUUAGACAAAAAGAACUAAUUAAAAACUAGCUAAAAUGUUGCUUGCAAUUUGCACAGCUUUUUUGGUGAAAAACGUAGAGCUUGAUGUGCUAUUAUUUUUCUCCUUUUUGCGUUAUUUUCGCUUCGAUUCUUCCUCAAUUCUUCCUUUGGCUGAGAUUUUACUAGACCCCUUUCUUGUAUGAAAAGUUGGAUCAGCAAUUUAAUAGGCUUCUGUGACAACGAGCACCUACUCCUCCCCUAAGCCAACAUUUUGUCCUAAGAGAGAUCAAGUAAGUGCUAAUGUUGACUUAAGGUAGGGGUAGGUGGUCAGCCGAACGGAGUCUUCUGUGGAUAACAUUGAAGAAUGUGAUAAUUUUUUAUAGAAUUAAAUUUGAGUCUACCAGUCAAUUUUGCAUGUUCUUUGUUUGAAUCUAUAGUCCAUUUAGGAAUUGCUCAUUUAUGGGGCAUGCUUGAGAGUCUUUUCCUGCAAAACUUGCACUAAAGAGUUUCCUUUGAGUAUCAAAGCUGAUAAAUGUGCAUGGUGCAUUGAUUCGGAUUGCACUGUUAUUUCUCUGCUUUUUUGUGUAUCCUAAUUUUUUUUUGUACAUUUCAUCUCUGCCAAACAACUACUUUUGUGCCACGUCUUUUUUUAUAUACUGCAACAACAAUGGAAAAUUUAGCUUCAAGUACAAUAUGUUUUUUUUUUUGUCCAUCAGGUCAAGUGGUAUGUGCCCAACUCCGGGAUGUGAUGGUUCGGGGCAUAUCAAUGGACGAUUUACAUCUCACAGGAGGUAUGCAUGCACAGACUGUCUAAUGUUCCAGUAGCAUCACAGUUUGUUCUUAUUCAACAGUUUUGCUUGUCCUGUUGGUUUUUGUCCGGCCCUGACUGACUAACUGAUGAAUAUCUCUGAAAGAGGUGUAAUGUGGUUUUUCUCAUCAUUUAUGCAUCACUGUUAUAGGUAGAUGUGAAGAAAAGCCAGUUUCUGAGAGAUUUUAUAUGGUAGUGUCUUGUCCCUUCCAAAACAAUUUUGCCUUGUUGUUUUGUUCCAUGCCUCUGACAACACGAUGGAGCACCAGUAUGCAUAUUGUAAACAGUUCCUAAACAAGCAAUUAAGGGUUAUUUAUUCCAUUUCUUUUUAUUCUGGCAUAUGGCUGGUGAAUCUUGUCAUUUAAAGCCCAGGAUGAAAAGUGGUAGCGAUUCUUAAAUUUUCUGUUGUGUCACAGUCUUCCAGCUUGCCCAGUUGCAAAUGAAAGCAAGAAGGUGGAGGAAGAUACUAAGCCCACUGACGAGACGCCUAGGAGGCGACCAGGCAGACCGCCUGCAUCAGCCAAGUCUACCCCUGCAACUCCAUUGUCGCCUACAUCACCUAGGAAACAACAGCAACUGCCGCCAGGUUAGUUACUGGGGUAACAGCUCGUUUCGCUACUUGUUGAGUUCGCUACCUGUUCGCUGCAUAUUACUUUCUGUAAACCAUUAAGAAUAUUUUCUUAAUCCCACUUGAAAAAAGAUCUUGUAACAUGUUUCUCGUUCUUUUACGCUUGCCCCUUCGAAGGUACAAGUUUUGGAUUUUGCUAAUAGGCAGCGAGCCUAGUAUGUAAGUAGCGAACUCGAACGUAGAAAAUUUGACAGGUAGCGAAAAUUAGAGUGUUACUGGUUGCAGGCUCAGUUUUCACUGUUUUGUAGAGUCUGGUCCUAACUCUUUCACUCUUUAUGGUGGCCAGAAAAAUUUCUGUUUUGUAAAAUCCUUACAAAUAAAUAGUACUAUCUCAAAGUUCUGCUGAAGGGGUUCCAUUUGAAUGGUAUUACCAUAGAAUUUUGUUCCCACUUCCUUAAAGGUAAAAAAGCUGGUAUUAUAGCAGCUAUCUCAUUGUAAAUUAUUGAUUGUUAUACUGUACACCAUCACUUUGUCACUUCUCUGAAUGUUACUGAACCUGUGGUUUCGGCUUUCUUUAUUUUAAAUUGCUCGGUUGGUCAGAUGCUUAACCACACUUGGUGCCCGGGCACGGUGCCUGAGUACUACUGUCGCUGGACACUGAUGUGAACACGUCCUUUGUACUCAUACCAGAAUUUGGGUAUGGUGCCUGUUCCAAAGUACAAGUUCUACUCCUCCCCUAAGCCAACAUUUUGCCCUAGUUGAGAAGCAAGUGUCAAUGUUAGCUUAGGGGAGGGGUAGGUGGGCAGUUUCCCAGAAACCUAAAUUGGUCCGGCAACGUUUACACUUGAUGUCCGGGCACGGUGCCUGAGUACGGCACUCGCUGGACACUAAUGUGAACACACCCUUAGAAGUUGGAUUCUUCUAACCACUGUAACCUCGUACCUAUUUUAGGAGUCACAGAGGAAGAUUUAGCACUUUUCAAACAAGCUCAAGAGAAAGCCAAUGCUGCAAUGAAUCUGGACACUACAACUCCUCUUGUGCCGAGCACACGAUCACCACCGCUGAUCCAGUUUGGUCGCUAUGAGAUUGUCACAUGGUAUUCCUCACCAUACCCUCAAGAAUAUGCUAGGUAUAAAUUAAAAUUCCCAUCUUGUGCCUUACGUAGUCAUCUCUCCUUCCGUAAGGGACUCAUUUUACUCUCAUUUGGAUGUUUAGUGAGUCUUCCACGCAGCUGUUUUUGUGUCGUCACGCAACGCUCCUUCUCUAGACGAGGAGUUCGUACGCCGUGUUCAGCCGCCCCCUCCCCGAUUUUUUACUGAAGGGAGGGGGCGGCUGUACACAGGUCGUACACUCUCCCCUCGUAUAGGGGAGAAAAGCGUUGCGUGAUGACUCAAAAACUGCUGCCUGGUAGACUAGCAUUUAUCUUGCCCAUUUUUUUAACAGAGGUAAGAAACAGUGAUUUUUUGACUUUCCUGGUUCUGUAACCUGAAAAAAGAAAAGCGAUUCUCACCGUGUUUGAGUUGUAGGAAAGGCAUUUCGCUCCUAGCUUCAUCCUAUUUUUUUCCGUAACGUGCUUUACACAGCGUUGCUUUAAACAUAUUGAGCCCAUGGGUCUAAAGUUACUGUAAUAGCUUGAAACUUGUCGUGUUUUGCAGACUUCCAAAGCUUUACUUGUGCGAGUUUUGCUUGAAGUACAUGAAGAGUUCAAGCAUUUUGAUGCGUCACAUGGUAAUCUACUGGUUUAGUAAUGAAUGACCUUCUAGUAUGAAAUUAUUCAUUUAGAAUACCAUUUCUGUCUCUGAUUGACUUUAAUCCUUCGCUGACCAAGGCUGGCUAUCAUCCCCUCAAUCGUUCAUCAGCUUGUCUUAAAGAUAUGCUGAUCAUGAAAGACGGAAAAUACUUCACAAUCAGAUAAUUAGCUUCAUGAGGAUAUUGUUGUUUUAAGUCUAUUCUGGUCUGAACUCAUUACUUAGUGCCUUAAUGGCCCAUACACAAAAUACUUCGUUAGAGAUAUGAAGAAGAUAUCAAACAGAUCUGGUCGGGGAGCACUAAUGGAAUUCAACGAUUUGAAGACCAGUUGUGCUUUUUAAAAAGAUAGCAAAUAGUGUGAUGUAGCCCAUUUAAGUUUUAAUAUUUCUGUGGAUGGAAUUCUCGAUGUACCUGCGCCUUUGUCACUGUCGUCGCGGCAGUUGUCCCUUUCGUAAACGGUCGCUGCCAGUUUUAAGACACUUAUUAAAUUUUUGAGUUGUUAUUGAGAGUGUUCCUAUUAAAAAGAAAGAAAAUCGUAACUCGGUCGAACCCGGACCUUUCGUAUCCCAAUCUCUCUCCCUUACCACUACACACCCACGCCGACCCGCCAAAAUUCCUAAAAAUUUAGGUACAUAAACUUGCAAACUGUCCAGCAAUAACAGGUGACCCUUCCCCUUUCCAUAACUUUUACCGUAAUUUUAACUUGGGCAUCAACGUCGUUCUUUCUAAGACUAUUAAAAAACGUAUUAUUUGCCUUAUUGUAACUUAAUAUUACAUCUAUCAUGACAAAAUUCUUGGUUACCAGUGGUGCCAUCGACCGUUAAAAAUGGCAACGACCGUUUACGAAAGGGAAAUAGGCGUCUUCGCCUUGUCUUUGCUUAAUUGGCCAUGAGGUUGUGCGCAAGACUGGGCCAGGGUUGUGUCGAAUUGCACUAUCGGAAUGUUUUGUGGGACGAAUUUGGACGUACUACUCUGCCUAUCUUUGUUUGUAAUGCCAACAUUUAAGAGAAGCGACAGCAUCCCCAUCCCCAAGACAGUCCCUAAACAGUGCAGUUCGACCCAGCACAAAAGCAUAAUCGAGUGCAACCAAAAGAUGGCUAAUAGAGAUUCGACUGUAAAAUUCUGUCCAUGGAACUUGUGUUUGAAACUCGGACAAGCCCAACAAUGACAAGACAUGACUUAAUAGUCCUGUGUUCUCUUUUUCUACAGACAAAGUGUAAAUGGUUUCAUCCUCCAGCAAACGAAAUUUACCGCAAAGACGAUAUCUCUGUAUUUGAGGUGGAUGGUGCCGUUAACAAGGUCAUAGUCAACACCCUUCUGGCUUUUGUAGUUUUUUUUUUAACACAACUGUUGGACCUCACCGGUCUAUAAUUAGAACGUAGAUUCUGACGGGUAUGAACUUUACAAUACUGAACGCCAAAAACGAAAGGUUUGGAUUGACUUUAUUGACGAGUUUUUUUCGAAAUGUCUUACAUUUUGAGACUGGGAAGUUUGUUAACUAGUCAUUGAAAAUCUUCAUACCCUACCCCAAAGAUUCAACGUUAAAUUCAACUUGGAACUUUGUUUUUCCGACUUGCAAAAAUGUUACUGUUAACCUUGCUGUAACACAAUUUGGUGCACAUACAACAUCUUAUAGGGCUGAAGCUUUAGUUACCAACGAUGUAUAGAAGGCAAAACACAAAUAAAUAAAUAAAUAAAUAAAUAAAUAAUAAUAAUAAUAAUAAUAAUAAUAAUAAUAAUAAUAAUAAUAAUAAUAAUAAUAAUAAUAAUAAGAGAAUCGGCGAGCGAGGCGGUGGAGGGGCGGGGGCGUCUGGUCCCAGUCUUCCAAUGAUGACAUUGACUGUUAGAAAUUGUAUCGGCCGUUUACAACCUGUGAUCUAAGCCCUGUCAUCAGUAUUUCUCCCCAGAAUCCAGCUGACCUUUGUGUCGUAACUAUGAUUUGUUGUUUUAGAUCUAUUGCCAGAACUUAUGUCUGUUAGCCAAACUGUUUCUUGAUCACAAGACUCUGUAUUAUGAUGUGGAACCGUUCCUGUUCUAUGCCUUGACGAAAAACGACAAGAAGGGCUGCCAUUUAGUCGGCUACUUCUCCAAGGUGUGUCUCUUUUUUGUUUUGUAUUAAUUAACAAAAAAGUAUUAUCUUUUCAGAGGAAAUAUUUUCUCACUAGUGAAACUGGUAGCAGUCUAGGUAACCGUUUCCACGAACCUUUAAGGCGUGACGCCUGAAGUGUUAUGUUCACAUCAUUGACUAGUUUGUUUUUGUCGUUGCCUUGUCGAAAAUUUCUUUUUUCGUGUUAGCAAAAAGCGUCGAAAGGUCCAUGCCUCACUGAAUGAUGAUAGGAAGAUUCAGCAAAGACAACGUAACGUCAAUUGAGAACACAAUUCAGUUAACUUUAGCGCUUUUGCGGAAAAAAUAAUUUGCAAACAGCCCAAGAGUGAACGAAAUAAUGACCACGAAUCAUUUUUAUCCGGUGCUCAGUUUCCCGCCAACGUUUUGGCGUUCUUUACUUUGCCUUGCCAUUGGUCCAAUUUUAUACCAUGGACAGAAAGCAGUUUUCACAAUACAAAUUGAUUCAAUAUUCAUAAACUGAUCUGCGGUUCUCAGCGCCAUUACGUUAAAGAAUUUAUCUGUUUAUUUUUUAUUUGAUGGUUUAACGUCGCGUUCACUUGUCCUUGCAUAAUUAAAAUUGCAGAGAGACUUAAAAUCAAUAAAAAAAUAAAUAUUUCGCUGCAACAAUUUUCAUUCAGGAAGACAAGUGUGUCCCUUUCCUGAAUAUGUUUGCUGAAUUUAUGUUUUAAGCUUUUGGGUCAAAUUGCAUUUCUUUUCCGGCUAUUAUAACUAAAGAUUCUUUGGCGUUUUUUAGAUAUACUCAGUGACCCAAAUGCCCCCGCAUAAACUACGGGAAAUACAAUAAUUUCUCUGGCUUACCAUUCGAGAUGCAGCUCCUGAAAGUUAUCUAAAGCCAGUAUCGCUUCAUUUGCAAUCCUCUUACGACGGGUGAAAACAAAACGAGAUCAAAUCGGAUUUCCGAAUGAUCUCUUUAUGACAUUUUGGGAUGAUCGAAUGCUGCAUAAAUUUUGCGCAUGAACUCACCUGUCAAAUUUUGACCAAUUAGAGCAUAAAAUUGGACGUAGAGCGUGACCAACGGGGGACAAAAAUCAAAACCCAGCUGUCAAUUGAUCAAAACAUUGAUGUCCAAUAUGUGUGCAUUAUCAGUUUUCCUGUGCUCCCAAAACUAAAAAAAAAUCGAUGAGUUGACACAUAUGGGAUACUGGUCAGUGGCUAUCCUGUUUGGACAGCUUCCAUUAAAGAUGUGGACUUGCCAAGACACGCCUGAGACACCCCCCUUCCUUUUGAAACCCCAAAAAAUUGACCAUAUUCCAUGGGUAUGGGGCUCUGUUUCGCGCGCGGGAGCCCCGCUAAUAUCGCAAAGACCAAAAAAUUUACACCCCAAAAAUCCAGUGCCGAAAGAAAAAGCUGGGCGAUAAAGGCGAUGGAUGAGACAUCAAUUUUUUAAAAAAUGAAUUGAAGCGUCGUUACACUGCUGCGGGACACUUUGCACACUAUUGUUUAAUUGUAUAUUAAAUGGAUUUACAACACAGAUACAAUGUAAUCAUCUAAUGCGUUAAACUUAUUAACGCAAAACAAGUUUGGUUGUACGCAGGCGCUACCACGAAUCUUCAGGUUGUUUUGAAUGCCCAAAAAAAUGCCCACUAAAAUCAAUCAACCCAAAAAAUACUUGCCAAAUUUUCCUUCCCAAAAAUAUCCCGGAAUCGAAAAUUUCAAAUCCCCAAAAAAUGCUUCGAUCAUCUCCGUCACUGAAAUCCGGAGAACACGUAAGCCCUCGAAACACCAGCUUUUCAAUAACUUUACAGUCGUUAAUCUACCUUCCAAACUCAACUUAAUAUGAAACUGAAAAUCUUUUUUUUCGCUGUGCCAUUGACGUUUUGCCAUAGUUUGUUUGCAAACCCACGCCCUUCCUUAUUGAUGAGUAUAAGGGUUUCCAUUCAGGUUUAUGUACAGGGUGAAGGACAUGACGAAACGGCUGAUUUUUUUUGUAACUUGUUACAACAGGAAAAGUCGUGUCAACAAAAGUACAACGUAUCUUGUAUCAUGACCAUGCCGCACUGUCAAAGACAAGGAUAUGGCCGGCUACUGAUCGACUUCAGUAAGUUUUGGAAGAAUAUUCAGAUUUAGCGUCUUAAUGUCUGCGUUACUUUGUGAAUGUUCAAAGGUAGAUAAAGCGUGCACAGAACUUUGGGCUUGAAGAAGGCUCAAGCUACAGUUGUCGUAUGUGGCGAACUACAAAGUUUAAAUGCGACGUGUUACAAAUAAUUCUUGAGGCGAGUUAUGAAUUGGGAUGACAGCAGCAAGGAAGACAUCAUAUGAUUAACGACUAAAAUGCUGAUUGCAACAAGUUGCAUGUGUAUCUGAAUAGCGCUUGCAACGGGCUAAAUUUGCCAGUUAGCCUUUUCACAGCCCCCUAUUUUUCCUAGCCUUUGUACAGACGUCCCCUCAGGUUAAUUUUUCCGUAAGUUCGCCGAGAACGAGAGCUGUAAGCCGCGAUCUUGACCGAGCGACGCCCGCCCACAAGUUACAUUUGAAACCAAUUACAAAGUGGCUGCCAGUAACGGUGAGCGCUCAAGCUCGACCGCGAUCUUUCGGAACAACAGGGGCCUGUGAACAGUCUUAUGCCAGUUUAGCGCAUAACAAAUGUCUGGCGCGACGAGCUACAAAUAUUGUUUGCAAAGAUAUGCUGAAGUCACAUUUUUCUAGUCAUUCGCAAGAAACCCGCUUCCUUUAUGUGCAUAGAUGUCCUAACCCUGUUCAAUUGUAUUUAAUUGCUGUGCAGGUUACCUAUUGUCGAGAAUCGAAGGCCAGCCCGGUUCACCUGAGAAACCUUUGUCAGAUCUCGGUUUAAUCAGUUAUCGCAGCUACUGGAAAAGCAUCUUGCUCGAGUACCUACAUGAUCACAAAGAACGACAUGUUACCAUAAGGGGUAAGAUACGUUUUUUGCUUUAAUAUAAAAAUUCUCAAGUUUGAAAUACCGUAAACUGCCGCUUGCAAGUCCUGGGCGUAUAUAAUUUUCUUAUCGAAUCUUUAGUGGUGAAAUACCCUUAAAAUGUAGGAUUACAAACUAAAUAUAUAGAACCGUGCAGGUGAAAGUUCUGUCAGAGGUUUCAUUUGAAUGGUCACACCUUAGGAUUUCAGUUUCAAUUCAAAAUGUUCGUGAGGUUUUCGGGUACCUGUGAAAUGCAACCUAGUCCGUUGAAUGAAGUGACUAAAGAAAUAUUUGACGUUCUACAGGCAUAAGCAAAGCGACUGGGAUGGAUCCACACGAUAUCGCCGCUACACUGCAGAUUCUUAACAUGGUGCACAAACGUGACGGCAAGUAAGUGAUUGGGAUUUUUAGAUUUGUUAGCGGCAGUGGGUUUAGACUAUGAAUAGGCUUUCUAUUGGGAAGUAGGACGCAGGAGGCGAUCACUGCGAUCAGACAGGGAGGGGUAAGGGGGAGAAACGGGGGGAGGGGAGGAAGGGAGGCAGGCGUUCUCCCCUCUCAGCAACAUGCUACCCUGGGGACCUGUUCAUAGGCUACAGUUUCCUUCACUUGUCUCGACGAUUAUGAAAGUUGAGUUCAAACAGGAUAGCAGAAUAUCCAUUCAGUGUAGGAUAUGUGUAAUUUAAAAAAAUAAAUUAAGCAAAGGACACGUUAAAACCGUUGACUGCUCUUGGUUUUACCAGGUUUGUGCUGUGUGUAAACCAACGCCUUAUCAGCGCUCAUAUGGACAAGCUGAAAAAGAGUAACCGUACUGUGCUGGAUCCCGAUGCUCUUAGGUGGACGCCCCUGGUACACACCAACAUGGCGCUUGUCGACAAGGAGAACGAAUCAGUCAAUGGGACUCAUGGGGAGGGAAAAAAUAGCAUCAGUGACAGUCCCGAGGGGAACAUGGGAAACCCCGAGGAUACCGGGGUGGAUAUUCUUAACGGUAGUCAUACUGAAAACGCCAAGGACGGGAUGAUUUUAAACGGAAAUGCUGAGGAAGAAGAUGGAAAUGUGUUUGAGGACGAUGACGAGGGACCGAUUGUUCGCCCCAGAAAGCGCCGAAGAAGUAAUACGCUUUCCGAUAGCGGUUCCGAAAAACCCGAAGGGAAGCCGGAGGAGGAUGGCGAUGGGAAAUCUUCGAAGGAGGAAGCAGAUUCUGAUCCAGCGGCGCAGAGCAAGUUGAAUAGAGUAGUAUCUGGCACAGGCACCGUUAAAAAGAGAAUGAAAUUAAACGACGAGGAGCCGAGAGAGGACGCGAGCGAAGAUACUGCGGAUAAUUCGGACUCCGAAGAUUCGGCGUCGUCAUCGUCGGCGUCAUCUUCGUCUUCGUCAUCGUCCGAAGAAAGCGAUAACGGCGAGCCCAUGGAGAACAAUGAUGAUGAUACUGCCGAAGAUACCCGAAAGGGUUCCGAAGGUGGAACGAGUGAAUCUUCUUCCGAAGCGAACAACUCGCCUACCCACGUGUACGCUGGUUUUGGAAGCCAGCCAAGUGAUCGAGUUCCCCUGGCUAGCUUAGCGGAUGCGCAGAUCGGAAUGGAUCCAAAUUUCUCGAGAUUGUCACCGAGUUUUGAGUGCAAGGAGGCUAACCCAUCUGAUAACUUAACUGUAGACCAAGAUAUGAAUCCGGUUGAGGAUUUCCCUGACACGGAUAGCACGGCGCUCAUUAAAGAACUAUCCGAGGAGGUGUUCUCUAUAGGAGCCACGCCUUCUUUAGGAGGGCAGCACUCUUCCGAUGAUGAGAUUUGAGUAAUGGAAAGUUCCAUCAUCGGUUAUCGCUAUUUAUUUUUGUUUUGUUUUGUUUUGUUUGCAUUCGGGAACACCACUUUGUUUAUUGUGGUGUAAAGAAACUCAAGCCUUGGUCAGGGUGUUGAGGUCUUCUUCCUCGAAAUAAAGAAGUAGCACUUUUAAAUACAACUAACCUACAUCUUAAAAGUUGUAACAUGUAAAGAGAUUUCAACGCUGACUUUUUUUUCAAAGUUUUUAUCUUAGCUAACAGUAUGUUCACACUAGGUGCCUAAGUACUAGUGCCUGAUAAAAAGGCACAAAGUGGUGUUGUGUUCACACCUUGGUUACCCACAUCUGUACAUAUUUGCUCCAUAUGGCCUCGUCAGAUGCCAUUUUGAAACAUGAACGAAACAGGGAGUUUUGGGUAAGCAAGGCAAUGGAUUGCCUCGGAACUAAGCCGAACAACGUGAACGCAGAGGCACCCGGGUGUGUUCAUACAGUAGCCAGCGAGUAGCUUACUCGGGCACCGUGCCCGGGCACCAAGUCUGAACGUAACCAUAGUCAACGUUCACCCUGAGAACUUUUUUCUGGCUCUUGGGGUUUUCUAUGAAACUUUGACGUCUGGUUUCUCCUACGACGCAAACCAGCCUGGGCCCAGUUGUUCGAAAGCCGAUUAGCGCUUAACCCGGGAUUAAAAUUAACCCAGGUUUCUUUUUCUUGUUUUCAAAAGCAUUUUCUGGGAUAAUUUUCUCUGUUAUUUUUAGUGCUUCCAAUCAUCAACUUGUAGACUAAAAGAAUUAAAACUGAAAUGCUUUUUAAGCUUUCAAAUCUGAAUUCAAAUCUCGCACUAACCCUGGGUUAUCUUAAGCCAGCUUUGAACAACUCGGCCCUGUUUGGCAAGUCGCGUUCGUUUGCGAGCAAAGCGCCAUCGCUCACGCUUUGCUAGCAUGGAAACGCUUGCAAUGCAGUCCAGAGACAAGGAAAAGCUCAAUCAACUAUUAUACUCAGUAACACGAGGAUUAUUAGGCAUUCCAACGUGAAUAGUAGCUUUCUUGACUCCAGGUACCAGUUGUUUGAAGGUCGAUUAGCGCUAACCCGGGGUCAAGUUUUUUUUCAAAUUUUGGUCAGACUUUUAUUCAAAAGGAUUUUCUCAGAAGUUUUCUCUGCUUUUCUUGCAGAGCUUCCAAUGAUCAAAUUGCAGACAAAAAGAAUUAAACUGAAUAUAAUUUGUAAGCUUCCAUUUCUGAAUUACAAUUUCGCACACUGACCUUGCGCACGCUUAUAUCUUGAACUUGUUUAUCUAAUCACACAAGACAGUGACCAACAUGAAAGCUUAGGCUUCUUUGGUCACUGUGUGCACAUGUCAACAAAUAAUUUGUACACCUUGGUUUUCACUGCUUAUUGAGUUUUUUUCUGUGGAAAUCUGUCUUCUUGUAUUUCUUUGUGCACAAUAGAGACCUUUGGAUUCCAGGACUAGAACGAGAUUGAAGGAAAGCUUCAUUCAGAUUGUACUUUUCAGGGGCGGAUCCAGGAAUUUUUUUAGGAGGGGGUGCACUCGUCUGUUGCUCUACUUCAGCGCCCGGAUAAAACACAUAGUUUUUUUUUGCAGAAUACCAGUUGUAUUCUCGGGGUGGGGGGGGGGGGUGCGCACCCCCUGCACCCUCCCCCUGGAUCCGCCCCUGCUUUUUAUUCAACAGAAAAUUAUUCAACCCCUAACAUUUGAUAACUUGUUUCCUCCACAACGACAUACUCGCGAAAACCCGUAGUAGAAUGACGACGGCUAUCACGUUUUCCCGCCAAAAUGACGCUGGUUCACGCGCGCGUGUCACUGGACAGGUGCUUUGGUGCUCUGGUUUGUGUCGUAUGUGGAAACAGCUCUUAGUGAUAAAAACCAAAACUGUAAAAAGAAAAAUGAAUAUUAAUAUAAAUAAAAGAUUCGAAACGAUUACGUAUUUUGCUCAGAGUUGGACUCGAUUAAGAUCAUGACUUGUAUCACGGUGCAGUAUUUUCCGGAUUUCAUGCACGUGAAAUAGAUUGAUAAGUGUUUAACUGUCAUGACAACCUUUAUGUUAUCAAACACAUUUCUACCUUUUUAGUUGUCUUUGUGAAACUUUUAACUUUUCACUUCUCCAUGGCAAGUUUAGAGGCUAUGAUUGACAAGUUUAACAGAUAUUUGUUCACUCACGCAACCUUUUCAAGUCUUUUAUUUCGAUUAUUGAGUUAAUAAAGAACGCUUGUAAUGGC